AUGGCCAUUAGAAGCAUGGACUGCACUUAUUUAGAGUCUGAGGCCUAUCGUCAAAAGUUUAGAAACUGCAGAAAACAUGAAGGGCAGACUUAUGUUGAGUUUGCCAGAACCAAGGUUGUGAUGUUUGAUAGAUGGUGUUCCUCCAAAGAGAUAAACAAAGACUAUGAGAAGUUGAAACAACUUAUGCUAGUUGAGGAGUUCAAAAGGUGUAUUCCAUGUGACAUUAAUACUUAUUUGGAUGAACAAAAGGCUGAAUCAUUAGAACAAGCAGCUACUCUAGCAGAUGACUAUUGCCAGGUGUCAGAAGAUAAGGUUGUAUCUGAUCUUCCUAAAGUUAGUGAGAUCCCAACCGAUAAGCAGGAAGAGAGAGAAGAGUUAAAUGUAUAUCCUUCGUGUGCUGUUACUAGGGCUAGGGCUCAACAGAAAGCUAAGUCUGACUUCCCUAGAUCCAGUGAAAUUGAUUUAGCAGAGACUUUUAUCAGUCAUCCUGAGGAAAUUGAAGAUAUGGAAAUGUCACCUGCUAGUAUGAGAAAAGUGGAUGAAUCAGAUAAAAGGGGCAGAUUGUUAGCUGAAGGGCUUAGAUCUGAAGGUGAUAAGUACAGUUUUGGGGAAGAUUCAAGUGGAGUUAUUUCUAGGGAGAAACUUAUUGAAGAACAAAAGAUGAAUCCAGAACUUAGGUUGUUAAGAGACAAAGCUGUUUCAGAAAAAGAUAGUGAUGGGGAGGCAGUUAGCCAAGAGAAGAUGAAAACCUGGUAUGAUAAAAAGGCAGAACACAGGGAGUUUGCACCAGGUGAUAAAGUCCUCAUUCUUUUACCAAUACCAGGACACCCACUAAGAGCUAGCCAGUUCUGUCAGAACUUUUCUCAAGUAGCAGCUCCAUUGACCAAUCUACUGAAGAAAGACUGCAAAUUUAACUGGGAAAAGUCUCAACAACAGGCCUUUGAGAAGAUCAAAGCUAUUCUAACUAAUGCACCUGUGUUGGUUGUGCCAAACUUCAACAAGACCUUCAACCUCUAUGUUGAUGCCUGUGACAUAGGUGCAGGAGGAGUACUACAGCAAGAAGAGGAUUUGGGGAUAGACCAUCCCAUUUGCUACUGUAGCAAAACAUUUGACACUCAUCAGAGAAACUACUCAAUCAUAGAGAAAGAGACUUCGGCCCUGAUACUAGCUCUCCAACACUUUGAAGUGCACCUUAGUACAACGGUGACACCAGUACUUGUGUUCACAGAUCACAAUCCCCUUGUGUUUGUGAAGAAACUUAAGAACAAGAAUCAGCGACUAAUGCGCUGGAGCAUUCAGCUUGAGAACUUUGAUCUGGACAUUCAGCACAUCAAGGGAAAAGACAAUAUAUUGGCUGAUGCACUCUCACGUUACCAUGUUCAAGAAACCUUUGACAACAUAAUCCAAUCAACCCAGCUUCUCAUACGGCACGAUGACCCUUCACAACAUGUGUCUACAUUUGCUGAGAGAGCAGCCCUCAAGAUUCUCAAAUCAAAUGGAUGCAUUUAUAUUAAGGGGAAAUCUGGUUCAGGUAAAUCGAAGAUUGGGUUAAAACUUCUUGAUGAUGUAGCCAGGGAGAAAAGUGUACAACCUGCCAUACUUACCUCAUUCAGACAAUGGAAUUUGAUCCCACAAUCUAAGGAAAACAAACUAAAGUAUGUUGUUAUGAUUGAAAACAUUUUUGGAUGCAGUAAUUUUGUGCAGGCCAGGGUAGAAGAAUGGAGCAGGCUGUUUGAAAUCAUGUGGCCAGCUGUGGAAUCUGGACGCAUCUAUCUCAUUUUAACAUCCAGACCAGAAAUCAGUGCUCAGUGUGAGAGUCGUGUGAAGAAGUACAAACUGAUGGAGAACAUUCAGUGCAUCACUCUGGACUCGGGGACAUACGCUCUCAGGAAUGGAGAGAAGAAGAAACUGAUGAGGAUGUAUUGUGGGAAAUUAACAUUCAGUGAUGAGGAAAUCGGAAAAGCAAUAGAAGUGGACGGGGCUCUGGGCUUUCCCCAAUGCUGCAGGUUCUUUUCCAGGAGUAAGAAAGCAAAGGAUAAAGGUAUUCAGUUUUUCUACAAGCCAUAUGAAUACAUAACAGAGGAAGUGGAACUACUUCAAGAAAGUGAUCCCCUUGGAUAUCUGGUACUUCUUCUUGUGUUGAUGAAUGGUGGUCACUUGGCGAAUACUCCAGUGAGGUCUUCAAAUACGACACAUCAGAUCGAAACUCUCAUUGACUUAUGUAGUCUUUCAUCUAAGCCGAGUUUAAGGGAUAUUUUGAUGAAGGCUGAGUCACUCUGUGAUGUUUAUUUACAGAACAUUGACAAUAACUUUCAGUUUCAUCAUCAGUCAAUCUUUGAUGCUGUUUUUGUUUUUGUGUCAAGAAUAUAUCCAGACAUGUUUCUUGGAUUAUGCCCAGCAAAGUUGCUCGUAGAACUGGUAAAGACAGAGAUACAUGGAUCAACGUCAAAUGAAGUUGUUGUCAUAGUUCCUAGGGAAGAUUAUGGCAUUCUUGCUGACAGAAUCACAGAGCUACUUCUGUCUGAAGACGCUUUGGUAGUCCUCGACCACCCUGCCCUGCACGAUGAAGAGUUUGCAAAUGUCAUGUUUGAAAAAUGGAAACAUGAGAAUAAACUACACGGCAUACUGACAUUCAUAAUGCCUAACCAGUUAGAAAUCAAGAUUGGCCAACCAGUAUCUAAUAAAUGCUUGUUCAAAUGCAAAUUCAUCCUCCCAUGUCUGUUACUGAAACAGAUCAGAAAGCUUGCACAUUUAUUGACUGCCACUCUUAAUGAUGACUCUCCUCCAGACAUGCUCACAGAGAUCUUGGCAUGCACAGUGUAUACGAAAGAUUUAGCUUUAUCCAGCAUGUUAUUGAACAUGGGAGCAUCAUCAGAUGAAUGUUGUUUCCGUGCUUUAUGUGGAUCGCCCUACACAUCAGAAGACACUGAUGAGAUUGCCAAACAUAUUCUUUCUGAAGGUACUGACUACACAGAAUUGGAAGAUAUGUUUUGUGUUGCUGUUUUGAAGGAAAAUAGUCUUGUUGCUCAAUAUCUCUUUGAAAGUAAACUCAAAAAGAAGGAAAUGAAAAUAUUAAAUCAUUGGUUAGAGAGUCUUUGUGAACUGCUUUCUAACACGAACGAUAAUGUAAAAGAUAUCAGUGAAUCUAAUAGAACAAUGGCAGAUAUCACAGAGAAAAUGAUUGAAACAGCAUGCAUGUCUGACCCCGAAUACCUGCUCUGGAAGGCAGCAACGCAUCCUGUAUCUAUUAUCUUACAACAUCUGCUCAAGAUGGAUCUUGAUGUUAAUGAGGUGUUUUUGGGAAGCAAGCCUCUGCAUCAAGCUUUGAGGUUUGGUGUGGCUGAUAACGUGGCUCUUCUUUUGGAGAAUGACGUUGACAUCUGUAAGACCAAAGACAAUACAGUGUUUCAUUUGGCAGCAAAGUCGGAAGUUGACAGUGAAGAGAAAACUUACAUACUUUGCUCAUAUUUAAAAUCUUGUAAGAUCGUCAUCCCAACUUCUCAAGAAGAUUCAAACCUCGCUGAAGACUUAAGAGAUUCCGAAAAUCCAGAUCGUCAAGGAGAUCAAGAGAAUCCCGAAAACAAAGAAGAUGUAGAAGAUACAGACGAUCAAGAAUAUAGAAAAGAUCAUGAUGUUGACGAAUUAAAAGAACAAGAAGAUUCAGAAGAUUUGGACAACGAAGAAGAAAACGAAAAUGUCCCUGACACUUUGGAAAAGUUCCUCAUUACCGAAAGUCAAUAUGGAAUGCCAAUUCAUUCAGCAUGCCAUGCUGAAAAUGCUGGAAGUCUAAGGAUAUUGAUUCAAGCAGGUGCUGACGUCAAUAUACAAACAGCUAAACUAGAAACGCCACUUCAUGUGGCAGUGAAGAAAAGAUCUGUGGAGUGUGUAAGAUUGCUAUUACAAGCCAAUGCAUCAGCUGAUACGAUUGAUUCUGACAUGAAUUUGCCAUUAACAUGUUCAGACAAAACUGAUUUUGAGAUAGUAAAGGCUCUUGUUAAUGCUGGCACUGACGUAAACUACUCAGGACACAGUGGAAGGACAUGCAUGCAUUUGUCAUUACAAAAUGAUGACUUAGACACAGUCAGAUUCUUAUGCGACCAUGGAGCUGAUGUCAAUACUGUCAAAUCUGAUGGAGUCACAGUGUUGAUGGUGGCUGCGCUCCAUGGAGAGAUACACAUGGUGAAGCUUCUGUGUGAGAAAGGAGCUAGGCUUGACAAAAGAGACGAAAAUGGAGAGACGGUGUUGCACAAAGCUGCCAAAUCUGAAAUAGAUGCUGCAGAGAAGCUGCUGUACCUGUUAGAGGAUCCACAUGCUCCUAUUGAUGUAGAGGACAAUGCAGGGAGGACUGCUGUGUUUCCUGCAGUACAGUCGGGGGAUAUUGAGGUGAUACAAAUUAUUCAUGACAAGGGGUUUGACUUACUGAAGUCUGAUAAAGAUGGAAACAAUGCCUUACAUGCAGCAUGCAAAGAAGGUGUUCGUGACUUUGAUGCUUUAUCCACAGUAUUUGGAAACAGCUUUGGACACAUUAAUCAGCAGAAUACAUUUGGUGAGACUGUCCUUUAUCUUUUGGUCGACGGUAACAUCUCCUGUGACUUAAAACCUCUUUUAGAUAGAGGUGCGAAGCCCAACAUAGCCAAUGCAAAGGGUAGAACAGUUCUUCAUUUGGCUGUGGAGAAAAAGAAACUUGAACUUGUUAAAUUAUUUCUACAGAGUGAUGGUGACUCAUGUGUUGCAGAUAUAAUGGGCAUGACACCACUUCACAUUGCUUCUGAAAAUGGAAAUUGUGAAAUGGUUAAGCUGCUCUUGAAGCACGGAUCAGAUCCAAAUGCUGUGAAUGAAACUGGUAGAACACCCGUCCACAUUGCAUCUGAAAACAUACACGAAGGCUGUGUUCAGGAGCUCCUAAAUGAAGGCGCCGAUCCUUGUGUGGUAGAUAAAAAAGGACUCACACCACUUCACCUGUGUGUGGGGGUUAACAUCGCUAUGAAAACACUUCAACACAUGUUACCCCUUGCUUCUUAUGGAUUAGGAGAAUCAUUUUGGAGAUCAAUUCUAAAUUCAAGAGAUCGCAUCAUGAAGAUGCUAUUGGAAAACGGUGCCAAUCCAAAUAUGUCUGACAAUGAGGGCUAUUGCCUUCUCUAUGUUGCGUCUACCGAGCGAAUUGCAGAAUCCUCUGUUAAAAUACUGUUAGAAGCAGGAGCAGAUGUUUCUGCUUUGGAUCCAGAUGGGAGGUCACUUCUUCAUGCUGUUGCUGAAAGAGGAACGCCUGAAGUGUAUAAACUCCUGGUCGAUAGUGGAGCUAAUGAAUAUAUGCGGGAUCAAAAGGGAAAAACACCACUUCAAAUCAUCACGAAAAAAAAUCGCCAAAGAAAACCAUAUGAUCCAAACUCCUAUGCAGACUUAAUGCGAAAUAUGGGUUUAUCAGUCCCACAAUUGCAACCAAACCCAUACACAUUCGGUUUGGGUCAGCCAUUCUUCAAUGCGAGCCAUAGACCUUGGCAACAAGAUGCUCCAAACAUCGUACGAGCCUCUGAGAUGCCUGUUGCAGAUCAAACUGAUGUGGUGAGUCCCAAUACAGAGGAGGAGGAGGCACAUCCUGACAUUGGACUUGUGAGAGAAGAUAGAAGCAAAGGGAGGAGUGAAGGUGAAGGCCGAACAAUAGUUUACCAGAGAGAUGAAAGCAUUGACAGUGACAGUGAUUGAAGGAUCCUGAAUAGUAUGACAUUGAAAGACACUACUAGAUAUUGGAUUAGAUUGCAAUUAGUGUCAAUCAAUUUAGAAUAGAUGUUCAUAGACAUUUUAAAGGUAUACAUAUUAUUUUAUUUUUUUGUGUUCUUUAUACCACGUUGAUGUCAAAUUAUUAACUAAAUAAGACAUCUGUCAACACCACGCAUUAGACAUUCAAAGUUAAGUUUGGUGAACCAGGAUUCGAACCCACAAUCAUAGGUUUCUGGCGUGGCCAAGGGACGCAACUUUGCACAGCAAAUUGCGGCGCCUUAGGCGACUUGGCCACCCGUGCCCCCUCUGUACAAAGAGAUAUAUUGUAAAUGAACAAGCAAAUCACUCGCUGAUUAAUAUCUAUACUCAAUGCAAUAAAGGGAAGACUUUACAGAGAGUAUUCGAGACAAGUGGAAUUAAUACCAUUUGAAUUCUCAUAACUCAAAGACCGCCUCCGUGGUAGAGCGUCCGCCCGAAGAGCGGAAGGUCCGGGGUUCGAUCCCCAGCCGCUUCAUACCAAAAGACGU